AUGGACGAGACAGAUAUCAUGGACCUGACGCAUCAGAAGGCGAGGAAGCGGCCGCGGCCAAUCACCUCCGCGGACGAGGCGGCGGUGCACGCGCCCCUCAAACGAACACCGAUGCGGGCGGCUGAGUGCCGGGAGACUUCGCUCAUGUACGCCGUGCGCGGAGAGCCGUUGCCUGCCGCUUCGCUCAAGCAGAAUGACCACUCGGUGACCUCCUCGCCCACCAACGUAAUGCCGGCACAGGAUAAUCGCUCCAGUAUGUCUCGGCCCAUGAUCACACGCUCGCCGGUGUCCCCUUUGAGCAACCAGGGCAUCCCCACGCCGGCGCAGCUCACCAAGUCCAAUGCACCAGUGCACAUUGACGUGGGUGGACACAUGUACACAAGCAGCCUGGCCACACUCACCAAAUUCCCUGAAUCCCGAAUCGGCCGCCUCUUUGAUGGCACUGAGCCCAUAGUGUUGGACAGCCUGAAGCAGCACUACUUCAUUGACAGAGACGGACACAUGUUCCGCUACAUCCUCAACUUCCUCAGGACGUCCAAGCUGCUCAUCCCGGAUGACUUCAAAGACUAUAGCCUGCUGUAUGAGGAGGCCAGAUACUUUCAGCUCCAGCCCAUGUUGACUGAGUUGGAGCACUGGCGCCAGGAUCAGGAGCUGGGCCGAGUGUCUCGACCCUGCGAGUGUGUGGUAGUGCGCGUGGCACCAGACCUGGGUGAAAGGAUCACGCUGAGUGGCGACAAGGCACUGAUCGAGGACAUUUUUCCCGAAAUCGGCGACGCAAUGUGCAACUCCGUCAAAGCCGGAUGGAACCACGACUCCACGCACGUCAUCCGCUUUCCGCUCAAUGGGUUCUGCCCCCUCAACUCUGUUCAGGUUCUGGAGCGUCUGCAGCAGCGAGGCUUCGAGAUUGCUGGUUCCUGCGGGGGAGGCGUGGACUCGUCCCAGUUCAGCGAGUACAUUCUGAGGCGGGAACUCAGGAGGACGAUCCAGCGAGGAGGACCCAAUUCGAAUAGGAUAAAGCAAGAGCAGUUAGACUAG